AUGGAGAGCCCCAAACACACAACCCAACAGGAGCCCGUAUAUGCUGUCUUCAUAUCCGGAACACAUGUUACAGGAAAAGAAGUACUCGCCGCGUCUGUUGCUGAUGCCCUUGGAUGUCGGUGGAUAAAGAGCGAAUGGAUGAACUCUGCUGCCGAAAAAGCAGCCCGGACCCAGUCACAGAGGGGACUCGAUUAUAACACCGUCUUUGGACGUGUCUAUUCCAAUAAACUAGCACAGGUUGGGUUCGACUUUGAUGGGACGCAACGACCUCUUGCUGUUAUAUCUUGCUUUCAUAUGCCACCUUUCGAGAGAAACGCUAUGCGCCAGGCUAUGUUGGAGCGGAAUGUCAAGCCCAUCUUUUGUAUCAUGCACAUUACAACCACAGUCUUGUCAGGGAGGACUCUUGGCGCAGAGGAGCCUGAGCUGGCGGCCAGGAUCAUGGCCAUCAAGGCGGGGGCUAUUCAAGAUCCACUGGAAGAAGAAAAAGAUGUCAUUCUUAUUGAUUCCAUGAAGAACAUGGACGACGUAUUUGUGGAGAUGACGGCAGCUAUCAAAGCGAGAAUCAUAAGCACAUAA